AGAAAAAGGAGAAGUGGCAAUAAAACAGAAAAACAUCAUACUAAAGCUGUCUUGUGUGAGCGCUGUAACACAAGCAGCCUUUAUUAAUUAUUUCAAUUAUAUAUGGUUUUGAAUGCAGUGAUUAGGAAAUUCCAGUGUGAUAAAAGUGCUGUUUACAUUGACCACACACCGGGUUGAUCAUGAAAGUAGCUUUGACUUUAAUAUUGCUGUGUGUGCUUUCUGCAUGGACACAAAUCCCUGAUGUUACUAAUGUUUUAGUAAUUUGUCGAACAGAAAAUGAAUUAACAUUUCAAUGGGAAGUUGAAAACAGCAGUUACAGUUAUAAACUGCAGAUAAAUGACAAAGAUCCAUUAUAUAUCAACUCAUCAGAAACUGAUGCUCCAGUAAAUGUACAAGUCACAUCUCUGUCACCUGGGACUAAAUAUUUUUUCAAACUCUACACUGUGUUUGGGAAUGAUUCGAGCAAAGGACAUGACUUCUCUGAAGUAACUGUUCCAUCUGCUGUUGACAGUGUUUCGGUCAUCACACGGAAUGAGACUGAGAUAAAAUUACAGUGGAAUAAAGUCAACAACAACAAUGAUUACAGUUAUAAGCUGAAAUACAGGAACAAUGAAAAUACUUCAAUAUCUGCAUUAUCUACUGAUUCUACAGUGGAACAUAUUGUCGAGAGUCUGUCUUCUGGGACUGAAUACUUCUUUAUGCUCUACACUGUGUUUGAAAAUGUAAUGAGCCGUGGAUACAACUUCUCCAAUGUAACCAUGCCAUCUAAUGUUGAAAAUGUGAUGCCGAAGCUCAAUGACACAGACAUGAUCUUACAAUGGAAUGUUGUACCAAACAUAGACAAUAACUCUUACAACUAUACUCUUGAAUACAAAGAUGAACCGGUGGAUUGCAUUAAUUACAUUGCAGAAAGAAAUGAGGUAACAUGUCAUAUAUCAGAUUUGAUUCCUGGAACAAAUUACAGCUACACUCUGUACACAGAGUUUGCUGAUCUGAGAAGUACUGGAUUCAACUUCUACCAAAUAACGACUCUAUCCGACAUAACUGGAGUUACAGUCAAACGGUCACAGACGAGUUUGACGAUCUCAUGGUCUAAGUUAAACAACAAUGACAUCUACAACUACACCUUGCAAAGGCUGGGAGAGGAGAGUGAGAUACAUUUCACUGGAUCUGAUAAGUUAACAUAUACUUACUCAUCUCUCACACCAGGGACUGAACACAGUUUUAGUCUCUUCACUGAGGUGAACAAUGCCAGAAGUACAGGAUACAGCUUUAAGAACGUCACUACUCUUAACUGUGCGUCCUUUAACUGGACAGUUACCACCUCAUCAAUAGAGGCUGCAGUGAAUGGUUGCACAUACGUGACAGCUCAAAACAGCACCGGAAUUGGUAAAAAUGACAUUGUAGAUGAUAACAGGGUGAAUCUGCAAGACCUAUAUCCUGGAGAAAGCUACACUGUUUCACUGUUUUAUGACUUAGAGUCAGAAAAGCUGCUACAGUGCUCACACCGCUUGACAUUGGUUCCAAAUAGCGUAUCUGACCUCCGUUGUACACAUCAUUCUGGAGGGUAUGGUCUGGCUGUUAUGUGGGAUUCUCCAAAUGGAGUUCUGAAUAUGGUGCAGGUAGAUGUUGGCAAACAAAGUUUCAACCAAUCACAUAAUUCAGAAAAAACACAACAGGUAGAGGUAAAAGGCCUGCAAGCUGCCCAGUGGUACACCGUGACAGCAACGUCAUUCUCUGGAGACAUGAGGAGUCAAACAGUAUCAGUCAACUGCCAAACAAAUCCAGCAGGUGUCAUAGCAGGUGUUCUUGUGUUUUUCCUCCUGAUCAUCAUUAUUUGUGUUGCUGUGUUUGUAUGGCACCGCUAUGGUUCUGCAAAGCAUAAUAAAAUGCCCAGACCACCUGUGGAGUCAAAAGUGCCUAAUAAAAACAACAAGUAUGUACAGAUUCCCUUGGAUAAAUUUCCUGAAUAUUUUCAAAUCAUGAGUCGUGAUGAGAAUAAAGGUUUCAGUGAGGAAUAUGAGGACUUGAGUUCAGUGGGUAUAAAAGAGUCCAGUAUUGCGGCUCUUCUGCCUGAAAACAAGGAUAAAAACAGAUUUUCCAAUGUUUUAGCCUAUGACUCCUCAAGAGUGCAUCUCAGCACAAAUGAUGAGGGUGAUUCUGAUUAUAUCAAUGCUAACUACAUGCCUGGCUAUGGCAAUGCAAACAGACAGUAUAUCGCUGCUCAAGGUCCACUGCCAUCCACUGUCAAUGAUUUCUGGAGAAUGGUUUGGGAGAAAAGGUCACAGGUCAUCGUCAUGGUAACCAACUGCACUGAGAGUGGAAGGGUUAAGUGUGAGCAAUACUGGCCACUGGACUACACGCCAUGUCUCUAUGGACACCUGCUUGUCACAAUAAAAUCGGAGGAUACAUUUCCAAGUUGGACUCUGCGAGAGUUUAAUAUCAAAAAUAAAACCACCUCUGAGACACGAACAGUGAGGCACUUCCACUUCACAGCUUGGCCGGAUCAUGGCGUGCCCACUGGCACAGAGGAGCUGAUCCAAUUCAGAGGACUCAUCCGUCAGCACAUAGAGAGCUCUUUCUCUGCAGGGCCAACAAUUGUACACUGCAGUGCCGGAGUGGGUCGGACAGGUACCCUGAUUGCACUUGAUGUUCUGCUGCAGCAACUGGAUAAAGAGAAGGAAGUGGGAAUUUCAGCAUUUGUCCAGCAAAUGAGACUCAGCCGGCCACUAAUGGUGCAAACUGAGUCUCAGUAUGUGUUCCUGCACCAGUGCAUCAUGGAUACUCUACAACCCAAAGUUGUGCCUAAGUCAGAGCCUCUCUAUGAAAACACAGACAUGAUUUAUGUCAACGCAAUAGCAUUAAGAGAAUAUGAAAAACAAAGUUAAAUAUGAGCAGAAAUAUAAGCCAUAUCAUAUGGUCCAAUAACCAUU